AUGUACAAAGUAUGUAUAGCAUUAGUUAGACUAAGUUUAAAAUACGACAACCGCUUUAUAUUGUGUAAAAUAAUAGACGAAGAAGAAGUGAUUGAAGUAGCAACAACGACACCAAUAAUAAUAGUAACUGAAGUGCCCCUAGUGGGAAUACCGACAGUCAACACCUCCAGUAAUUUGAUACAGUAUUUGACACAUCCACCGGAAAUUACCAUAAGGCCUCGGAAUUUGCAAGUCCGAGCUAACGGCAUCGCUGCCUUUUACUGCGCCGCCCGGGGCGACCCCAAGCCGAAUAUACAGUGGAGGAAGAACGGAAAGAGAGUUUCAAGCAUGCAAUCACGUUAUCAAGUAUCUGGGAUGGACAAAGCGGCAGGUCCCGCUGCGAAUGGAGCUGUCUUGCGCAUAGAACCGGUGCGUGCGCAGCGUGAUGACGCAACUUAUGAAUGCGUCGCUGAAAAUGGCGUAGGUGAUGCCGUGACUGCACUGGCGACCCUUACCGUCUUUGAAAUUCUGAAAUCAAGGGUGGACAAGAAGAACUGGCAAGCAACUGCCGUCAAGCAUCAAUUAUUUAAAGUAGGUUUUUCAAUGUUCUUGUAG